AUGGGUAGCGAGAAGUUCGAAAAGCCAACCGCAAACCAGAGCCCGGACUGCAGCUCAGACGAGCAAACGCUUCGGAACGAUGCAUCGAAAAGCUGGCUGUACAGGUUGAACGACCUGCCUCAGUACAAAAUUGGAGGCCAGCUCCUUUCAGGCGCGGCCUUGAAUUGGGGUAUAGGAGUCGUUGCUGCCUGCGGAUUUCUGAUGUUUGGGUACGACCAAGGCGUUUUGUCCGGCUUGCUCACCCUUGACGACUUCCAGCGUGAUCAGACGCUGAUGACGCCCUUGGACGACAGCAACCCCUUAUGUUGGACCGAUGAGGGACCUCCGAACCGUGAUGAGCGUUACUGUCACGGCGAUGCCAAUACUCAGGCUGCUGGUGUUGCUCUCUACCAGAUUGGAUGCUUUUUAGGUGCAGUCGUCAUCCUCUUUUACGGCGAGAGGUUAGGUCGACGAUCAUCUUCGUUCUGGGGAUCAGCAAUCAUGAUCGUUGGCGGAAUCAUGCAAGCGGCCAGCUUUGAGUAUGGACUUUUCGUGAGUGGGCGAGUGAUUGGUGGCAUCGGAAACGGCAUGGUCACCUCUACGAUCCCUACCUGGCAGUCGGAAUGCGCUAGGCCUGAGAAGCGAGGACUGUUGAUUUUGACCUCCGGUGCGCUCAUUACCGGCGGCAUCAUGAUCUCCUACUGGGUCGUGUACGGCUUCUAUUUCCUCGAAGGAUCAGUACGAUGGCGCUUCCCGGUCAUGUUCCAAUCUUUCUUCACGGUUCUCGUCAUGAUAGGGCUGCUGUUCCUGCCGGACUCUCCGCGUUGGCUCAUGGCUCAAGGCCGUGUAGACGAGGGUCGCGAUGUGAUUGCACGCCUCUUGGGCAAACCUGAAGAUGAUCCAUUUGUUGUGGAAGAAAUGAACCAGAUCAACGCCGCCCUCAACGUUGAAAACAGUGGAGGUGCUUUCAAGUUCCGCGAGCUACUCACUUCGGGCCCUCAGCAAAACCUUCGUCGCUGCAUACUGGGCAUUAUCGCGCAGUUCUUUCAACAAAUUUGCGGUAUCAACCUUAUCACGUACUACGCUACCUUCGUUUUCGAAAACUCUCUAGGCUUUGGGCCACAACUCUCACGGCUGCUCGCCGCCUUGAACGGAACAGAGUACUUUCUGGCGUCACUUGUCGCACUUCCACUCAUCGAGCGCGUUGGCCGUCGGAAGUUGAUGAUCUUCGGUGCUUUCGGCAUGAUGGCUUCCAUGGCCAUCCUUGCCGGCUCGACGUCUACUGGCACCACGGAUGAGAAUGGUGCGCCGCAGCUCAGCACCUUGUACGGUGUCGUUGCUGUCGUGUUCCUGUUCGGGUUCAACACGUUCUUCGCCAUAGGAUGGCUCGGUAUGACCUGGUUAUAUCCCGCGGAGGUGACGAACCUCCGUAUCCGUAUUCACGCCAACGCUCUCAGCACGUGCAGUAACUGGCUGAGCAAUUUCUUGAUUGUCAUGAUCACGCCACCAGCAUUUGCAAAUCUGCAGUGGCGCACUUACGCCAUGUUCGCAGCCUUCAAUGCCGCUAUCAUCCCUUCCGUCUGGCUAUUCUUUCCUGAGACCAGUAAACGGAGCCUGGAGGAGAUUGACCUGUAUUUCGCGAAGGCGCAUGCGGAAGGUGUCAAUCCAGUGAAGAUGGCCAGGAGUAUGCCGCGGUUUCACGCUGCGGAGCUAGAUACAGAGUUGACAAGGUAUCUGGGAGGAGACGAUGCGGCUGCGCAACAACGAAGGGAGAGCUUGCGAAGGUCGUCUUCGGCGCCGACCAGGCCCCCGGGCGAAGUUGUGUGA